CCCGCCUCUUCCUGUGGUGUGUUUCUUUCUAUGAGCGGUUCCUUACUACCCUGAACUCUCUUGUCUUGUAGGAGAUAGCGCUGAUGUCUGUGAACUAUGCAGCUGGUUUGUCCCCCUAUAGUGAGAAAGGGCGCUGCGGUCUGCCGGAGAUUUUUGACUCUUCAGAAGAGUUGCAACAAAAAGUGGAGGACCUUGCUGAUAUGGUUCGGAAAGCUUCAAAUAUUGUCGUUCACACAGGAGCUGGAAUAAGCACUUCAUGUGGGAUCCCAGAUUUUAGAGGUCCUAAUGGUGUGUGGACAUUGGAGGAAAAGGGUUUAAAUCCCAAAUUUGACACAACAUUUGAAACAGCACGUCCAUCUGCUACACAUAUGGCGCUAUUGCAGCUACAGAGAGUUGGCAUAUUGAAGUUUUUGAUUAGCCAAAACGUAGAUGGUUUACACGUGAGAUCUGGAUUCCCAAGGGAUCACCUAGCAGAGCUUCAUGGAAACAUGUUUGUUGAGGAUUGUACAAAAUGUGGGAAACAGUAUGUUCGAGAUAAUGUGGUUGGAACCAUGGGGUUGAAACCUACUGGAAGACUCUGUGAUGUUCACAAAGUAAGAGGCCUACGAGCUUGCAGGGGAAAACUGGUAGAUACAAUUCUUGAUUGGGAGGAUUCUUUGCCGGACAGAGAUCUUAAUCUAGCAGAUGAAGCCUGCAGGAAAGCAGAUCUGGCUAUCACUCUUGGAACAUCUUUACAAAUUAAACCCAGUGGGAAUCUUCCUUUAUUGACUAAACGUAAGGGUGGAAAACUGGUGAUAGUAAAUUUACAGCCAACCAAACAUGAUCGCUAUGCUGACCUGCGUAUUCAUGGAUAUGUGGAUGAAGUAAUGACACAGUUAAUGCAGCAUCUGGAUCUUGAGAUUCCUGUGUGGACUGGUCUGCCAACUAAAUUAGAACCAAAAUCACAGGUCAUAGAAGAACCAAAAUCACAGGUCAUAGAUCACCCGAUUGACUGCAAUGGAGAUUUAAAUUCUACACAUAUUAAGAGGGAAGAAAUGGACAGUUGCCUUGAACACAAACCCCACCUGCCAAAAAGAGCAAAAGUAGAAAUGACUUGUACAUGAUCUUGGAUCAUCAUUUGCAGUCAGUGAAAGAUUUUCUUGUUAGGCUACAUGCACAAGACUGUAUGUGUUUUGCGGUCCGCAAAUUGCGGAUGCCAUCCAUUGUUUUUUUUUUUUUUUUUUUUGCAAAUCCAUUUUAACAAUGCCUAAAACGGA